GAGUGAGUGAAGUCGAAGUCAGUAAAGUCAGUUGGAUACAGCCAGACAGCGCUCGCUGGUCGUUCUUUAGUUUUUGGCAGAUUGAACGAGCGCCUUUCAAGAAAAAAAAAAAUACAGACGAAAACAAAUUGAUUCAGGCAGUCUAGGCGCGUUUAUAAUCGGAGUGAAAUCUUUCUAAAAUGUCUCAUCAAACAGGAAUAAAAGCCAACGACGCUCUCAAGAAAAUAUUCGCCAAAUGUCGUGAUGGAAAAAUCCGUGUGCUCAAAGUAUCCAUUGAAAAUGAGGAACUAGCACCUGCGGCAUCGUCGAAGCCUUCUGGAAAAUGGCAGGAUGAUUACGACAAGAUGGUCAAACCUCUAGUAGUAGAAGAUCAGCCGGCGUACAUACUCUACAGAUUAGAUACAAAGUCGUCCGAUUCAGGUUAUGAUUGGUUGUUUAUCUCGUGGUCUCCCGAUACAGCCCCCAUACGCCAAAAGAUGUUGUAUGCUUCAACGAAAGCAACGCUCAAGCAGGAAUUCGGCACGGCUUGUAUAAAAGAUGAGCUGCACGGUACUGUCCCAGAGGACAUAACAAUGGAAGGUUAUCGCAGGCACAAAAAAAACGAUGCUGCUCCUGUUCCUCUGACCACUGCCGAGGAAGAACUUGUGGAGUUAAAAAAAAGUACCAUUAACACGGACUACAGUGUUGAAACGAGGCAUCAGACACUCAGUGGAGUCGCUUUCCCCGUCACUGACGAGGCCAAAAACGCUAUCGUCGAUUUUGGCAAAGGAAUACACGAGUACAUACAACUUCGAAUCGAUCUCGAAGAAGAAAAAAUUCAUCUCGUUAUGGUCGCCUCCGAAGUCUCGUUGGAUAAACUCCCGACCAAAGUUCCCGCCGAUUCGGCCAGAUAUCAUCUUUUUAAUUUUAAACAUACUCACGAGGGUGAUUAUAUGGAAUGUGUAGUCUUCAUAUACAGCAUGCCCGGAUACAGUUGUAGCAUUAAGGAGAGGAUGUUGUAUUCAUCUUGCAAAGCUCCAUUUCUGGAUCUCAUCCAAUCGCUCGGUGUAAACAUAGCAAAAAAGUUGGAGGUAAAUACCGGAGAGGAAUUAACGGACAUGUUGGAGGAUCCUCCAACGAUAAAAGAUACGGCAGCAACGACACCCGUGACCCCAUCGACGCCCUCGGCUCCCAUACAGACAUUACCUGAGAAAAAGUCCAAGCAGAAGCGCUCUUGCGUCUUGAGUUAACGGGUUCAAUAUCCGUUUGUCCGGCAGCAUCUGUGAAAAAGAACUGAAAAAAAACGAAGUUGAAAAAGCAAUGGUUUAUGACGAUAAAGAAUGUUUUAAAAGCUUUCGUCGAAAGUUGAAAUUUGUAUUUGACCCAGUAUAGACGAAGGCGAUUCGAUUUUUUGAGAAUUUUAAACAGUUCAAAAAUUCUCUUUCCAUUUUUCGCCUGCUCAAAAGUGAAAUCAAAUAUAUCUCAUCAAAAAAACUCAAUGGAGUUUCAUACUCUUAACGUGUUCGCGCGAUCUAACGCACUUGGAAAAAAAAAUCAUGCGAAAACGACAGCCAAAAGCAAAAAAGCAAAGUCGAAGAUAGCUGAAAUUUUUUAUUGAAUUUAUCGCAAACUCUUUUCUGAAACGAGGUGAUAAUAUUCGUAUACUUGUUCGUAGCGAAACAGAGUAGACCGAACGAUGUAUUUUUCUAAAUUUCCAAAAAACUCUGAUAAGACACCCUGUAUCAUCUUCGAAUUAUGUAUGUUUCUCUUAGAUAUUUUAAAAAAUAUCUGUGAUCGAGCGAUCAGAACCUUUCGUUAUUCCGGAAAAAUGCUUUUUACCCUCGCAGUAUUUAUUUCCGAUGAAUGAUUUUCCAAAAGUGAUUUUAUAUGUUGCACUGAAUUGUGCUAUCAAUACUACUGAUAAUACUUUUUUUUUCAUAUCGUAUUACAAGAAAACAUGACGAAAAUGAUAAAAAAUCUUUUUUUCGUCAUACUACUCACAGUCUUGAUGCGAAUGAUGCGAAUGAAAUGUUGCUGAGCAUAUUAAGAUCCCUUAGAAAAUUGAUCACAACGAAUAAAUGAUCAAAGACUAUUUUUUUCAGCGAGAGGUUCUAAUCUCCAUUGCACAAUUUCCUGAUCACGAAAAGCAUUUAAACAUUAUGAUGAUAAAAAAAAAAACAAAAAAAUAUAGGACGUGAAACUAAUCGAAGCGUAGAAAGAAAUAAUGCCAAUUUAAUUGUAACGUUUUGUCUUUUAGUAUUCAUUCAAAUUGUAUAUUACGAGUUGUACGAUUUUUUAUCUCGAGAUGAAUGUUAGAUUUUGAGGUCGUUCGUCAUACUCGGUUAACGAGAGAAUUUCGAGUCAAGCCUUUAAGUCUUCCUCCCUGCUUUCAAUGUCCUGAUCUUGAUUCUUUAUGCUAAUUUUUAGUUUUUUUCAAUACUGCAAUCGCGCAAGAAUGGUUAACGAAGGAUUUCCUGAUAUCUGAUUACUGCGGUAAAUUUUGCCACCCGUAUCAUAUAAUAAUUAUAUAUGAAAUCAAUUCACACGUUAAUUCAAAUGUAUUUCAAGUAUUUUUUUUGUUUGUUUAUUUUUUUGAAAUUAUUCGCGUCUGUGAUUUUCAAUUCGGCCUCGAAUUGUCGAAGAAGUUUGCUCAUCCAAUCAAAACUUAUUGUCUGCGAAAAUUUUGAAUCUUCAUCUAGAUUAAAUUAGUUUCUAGUCUUGUAAAGAAGUGAUAUGUAACAUAUAAGUUGUCUAUUAAUCGUUUUUAGGUAAAAUUUUGCCUCGCCCGCCUGAUUACGUUUUUAGUUCUCGAAGGUUUGACUGGGAAAUUCGUUCGAAGCGACAAUUUAGAAUUUAUCGUUGUAGGAAUUGAUGGAUUUUAAUCGAAUACGUAUAGGGCAAUUUGAUUGCCACAUGUGAUUAUUAGUGGGUUAAGAGAAGAAAGAAUUCCAUGUUCUCCAUUCGGCUCGCCCGAUCCGCGUCUAGCUUCUCCCCGUAAUCCAACUUUUUUAAACCGUAAAUUGUGCUCGUUAUUGUACUCGAAUUUAAUUUAAGUCUGACGCGUCCACCGCCAGACAUAACAUCAGAUUUUUCCUUCGAUAUCUCAACAACUGUUUCUGUCUAAAGUUUUGGUCGUAAAGCGUUGUCAUUUGUCGAGGUUUCAAGAUGUGAAAACAACUCUUUUUCAUGGAGUUCGAAAUUUCAAAAAACUGCCACUCAUUGAGAUAAAGAAAAAAAAACAAACGAUUAAAUGUACCAUCAGAAAAUUUGCAUAUCGAUUUCAAGAUUUCGUAGGUUUCAUCUCUCCAUUUUUCUAAAUUCGUUCGUGAUUGGUGAUUCGCAAUAUUUGUUGUCAGGGACAUUGAUAAAUUGUGUUGGUUUUUUUAUGUGGCAGUACGGAUAGCGUUUACAAAAAUUCCGAGUCAAGCGUACGGUUAUAUUUUUUGAAGUGGCUCAUAUAAGUGAAUAUAUAGAAACAUGUUACACACGAAAAAGCACUGUUGAAAACAAAUGACUUCACAUUCAAGUUACUUUGUUAGCAGAGACAUUUGAAUAUACGUUUAAAAACUACCGUUCAAUGGUCUUUUUGAAUGUUAUUUAUAAAUUAAUUUUCGAACAAGUUGCAGUUCUUAAAACCUCUCAAUUUAUUUAAUCGAAAUUAUGUGAUUUUUUAAAACACAAAGAACACUGAAAAAUUCAUUACCGAACGUUUUUUUUUCAAUCGAAUAAGCUGAUAUUCAUCUAAUUCACAACGAAACGUUGUUUCUAAACCUCUCCAACAUUGAAAUUUGACUUUUGGAUGGAUGAGUUAAUUGCAAAUUUAGGACGAGCUCCCCCCCCCCCCCCCCCCUCUAUCUUGCCGGAUUCUCUGACUGGUCUAGCUUAGAGACUAAGAAAAAUGAGGUUUUUCGGAAAUACAUUUUGACCGGUAAUACAUAUAUGUAUACACGAAUAAAAUAAUAUCUGCCAAUCCAAUGACGACUUGGGUCACCAUAAAGAGAUUAAAAAACAAAAUGAAGUAUGGGCAGUAAAUCGUUGAAUCGCACAUGCACAAGAGACGAUCCCUCUUCAGAGGAGGAUCAAACUAAUUUGACAAGUCAGUUUUUACGACAAGAAUAUGUAAACGCAUCGGGCACGUUGUUACGAGUCAAUCCAAUCCGCUGGAAGAUUGGAUGUAACGAUGAGCCUGUACGUAAAAAUCAAGAAAAAGUAAUCUCGCGUAAGCUCUCAUAUUCGUAGAAAACUAUUCGACCUAUUGAACUUAACAAAUAUUGUGAACGACGUAAGACUGAAUGUGGUACAGUCUCACCUGCUCUAAAUCCAGUGAAAGAUGCAACAGUAAGAAAAUCAGUGAAAACAACCAACAUAAUAGUCUUUAUAUCGUUUCCAUGGAAACCGAUGAAAUAAAGUCUUGAAAAGUUUCAAAAUAUCAACCGAAGAUGAAAGGAUGAAAUAAUUGAAAAAGAAAAAGAAACAUUGAAAUUUCACUGCAUCAGGAUAUCGAGUGGAUGAGUCCGCUAGACAAUUAGCCAGAUGAUGAUAUUCGAGAGGCAUUCUAUUUUUUGUGAUGUGUAUUUUUUUAAAUCUCGUAGCUUUUUAUAAAAAGGUUUUUCGAACAAACGAAUGUGAAACCGCCAAGCGUUAUGUCCGAGUCACAACUAACAAUUUGUCAUAAUGAAGUUUGCACCGUUGAAUGAUAAUUUUUCAAUGAGAUUCUCCGAUCAUUUUUAUCAGUGUUUAUUUUGAUAAAAUUGAGUUUUGCAGACGUUCGGCAAAUUCAAGCGUGAGGUAUUUAAUUUGAGAAUUGAAAAUUAAUAAAUAAAUGUAAGAUGUUUAUUAUUGAAUUCAAACGAUGCAAACUUCGAUACUAUACAAGUUUAACUUUUGCACACGUUAAUGUCCCGUGUCAAGAUGUUCGAGAACAUUAUGAAAUUUUUUUCAAAUUUCGCUGGUUGUAAUAUUAAUAACAAUCAUCGUCCAAUUAUUGUGGCAAAUUAAACCCAUUCAAUGUGUUCUUUCUUGAAGUUUGAGAGAAAUAGAAAUAAGGGAAACCGGUGGUAGCAUCAGAUACAAAAAUCGAGUGAAUGCGAAUUGGGGUAAAAGAUUCGGAGUGAAAUUUCGCAAUUUUUUGCGAAUAUUAUUAACACAUUAUUAAAUAAAUUUUCAAAUGCUCAAAACAAAUGGAACCACAAAAAAACAAUCGUACUAUUAACUUGUGUUUGAGAUUAACAAACAAUGUGACGCACACCGAUUGUCCUGCAUGGCUUUUUCAUUUUUUUAUGUUUUGCCAGAACACUCGGUUCUUCCGGCCUAUUCUGUGAGUCUUUUUUUCUCAUUGAAAUAAAGAACAAUAAACACGAAACGACAAAAUAAUGGUUAAAACGAAAAUAUGAUUACUAGUAUGGAAUAUUGUUUUUUUUUUCUCAUAGUCGUAGGUUCGUUAUUAUGAACAUCGUAAUCUUGUAUAUCUUGCCAACAUUAAAAUAUGCUACGAAAAAUAAAACCCAUUACGCAAUUUAA